CUCUCCCUUCAUUCCAAGAAGUUACUUAAUUAGUUCAUUCAUCAUCAUCAUCAUCAUCAUCUUCUUCUUCUUCAUACAAACAUCAAUGGCUAGACCACAACAAAGAUUUCGAGGAGUUCGACAACGGCAUUGGGGCUCUUGGGUCUCAGAAAUCCGCCAUCCUCUCUUGAAGACAAGGAUAUGGUUAGGAACUUUUGAGACUGCGGAGGACGCGGCGAGAGCCUACGAUGAAGCCGCGAGACUUAUGUGUGGCCCUAAAGCAAGAACCAACUUCACUUACAACCCUAAUUCUCCUUCUUCAUCACCUACCAAAUUCUUAUCUGCAACUCUCACUGCUAAGCUUCAUAGAUGUCACUUGCAGUCUCUUCAAAUAGCUCAAACAAGUUCAAAGGAAUUGCCGGGCAAGAGUGCAGUGCCUCCGGUGAGAAAUAUCGGCGAAAAGAGUGUAUCGGUGAUCGAUAACACGGUGAGGAAGGAGAUUGAAGAUGAUAAGGAGAUUGAGUUCAUGAGUUGUUUGGAAGAUCAUCACAUUGAUCAAAUGAUUGAAGAGUUGUUGGACUCUGGUUUUUCUAUGGAGUUUUGCUCUAAUACUUCUCCGUGACCAAAUUAAGUUUUCAUUGAUGAUGAUCAUGGAGGUUAAUUUCUUCUUUUUUACAUUUAUUUUUUUCUUUUUUCUUUUUGGUUGAGUAGUUAGGAUAAGAGUUGAUGUAUAGUAAAUUAGUGAUUAUCUAUAGUUGUGAAAUUGUGUGACUUUUGUUCUAGUUUAAAUUUUAAAUAAAUCUUUACUGAAGGAUUUGAUGC